UCAUGUAUAACUUUAAUUAACGAUGAAGUGUUUCAGAAGAUUAUUGUUAUUACAUAAAUGUUAACCUCAAAUCUUGCCUGAAGAAGUUGUAAAUAACAACGAAACGUUGCAACAUUUGAAAACGUAACAUUUGUUUUUACCCUUGGUCCACGUUCCUGAUAACUUUAAUUUAUUAUUCGCUAUAGUGUUGACUACAUGUUUCCCAGCCCGAGCACAGAUAUUAUGGGAAAAUCACAAAGAUUCAAUGACUGAUGAUAUAUUGCAUCAACAUCGUAUACGGUGCCACGAUCUAACCAUAACAUUCAGCGACGAAAUGUACAAUGAAGCAUUGAUUACUAUUGAGGAUCUUUGCAUUGUCAUUGCCAACUUACCACUUAGUAAUUUCGGUAUGAAUUCGCCAAAUCGAGCUGCAUCUGAUUUAAUGAAUACUGAAAUGAAUCGUGAACUGCAGUACAGUACUGUAGAAAUGGCAGCGAUUGUUGCCCGCAAUGUCCCACAAAUGAAUGAGGAACAAAGAACCAUUUAUGAUCGCAUUAUGCUCGCAGUUUCAGCUGGACAAGGUGGGUUCUUCUUUUUGGAUGCACCGGUUGGAACUGGCAAAACAUUCGUUAUUUCGCUAAUUCUUGCUGAAAUACGAUCAAAUAAUGGCAUCGCAUUGGCCGUUGCAUCAUCGGGCAUUGCAGCAACUUUAUUGGAUGGAGGUAGAACAGCUCAUUCAGUAUUUAAGCUGCCACUAAAUAUUCAGAAAAACCCUGACGCAGUAUGCAACAUUAAGAAACAAUCGUCCAUGGCCACUGUGCUGAAACGGUGUAAAAUUAUUAUUUAGGAUGAAUGUACUAUGGCACACAAACAUUCACUUGAGGCGUUGAACAGGACAUUGAAAGAUAUUAAAAACAGUGACAAACUAUUUGGCGGAACUCUGUAGGUCCUUUCAGGUGAUUUCAGACAAACACUUCCAGUCAUUCCACGUUCAACAUACGCUGAUGAGAUCAACGCUUGCUUAAAAUCAUCUCCAUUGUGGCGUAAUGUUGAAAAAUUACAGCUAAAAAUAAAUAUGCGCGUUCAAAUGCUUCAAGAUCCAUCCGCUGAAACAUUUUCAAAACAACUCUUAGAUAUCGGUGAUGGAAAAGUUGCUAUAGAUGAAACUGGAUACGUAAAAUUACCGACCGAUUUCUGCACAAUCGCUGAUUCGCAAGAUACUCUCAUUGAACAAAUAUUUCCCGAUGUACACACACAGUACAUAAAUCAUGAGUGGCUUGCAGAAAGAGCGAUUUUAGCGGCAAAAAUGUAGACGUUGACAAUUUAAAUCUGAAGAUACAAAUGUUGUUGCCAGGGAACUU